GGCGGUUUCGGGCAAAUUUAGACUCGUGGAUAUGGCACGCUUGUGCAUCGCCGCGGCGCAGUUUGUCGCAACGAAUCUCCACUGCAUCGCGACUCUCGUGGUCGCUGUGCGCCCGUCGACGCCACUCACCGAGGCGUUGAUGACGCUGGCGUUGAUCGGUUUUGGCCUCGAGCUUUCUCUUCUCGCGUCGGGGCGCAGCUGCUUGUACCCGGGCCUGAGCCUCCUCGGCGCGGUCGUGCAUGCUAUCGGGUCGAUCGUUAUGUUUUUUUACAUCCGAGAUGGCUGGGCGGAAGCCGCGCUGCCGCUCAUUGUUGUGCCUUGCAGGUGUGUGGAAUGCCUAACAACCAGCAAUGUGAAUGGGAUACUACUACGACGCGUUAGUGUGUGUCCAGGUCUCCUCGGCACAGCGAUUCUGCUGCGCCAUUUUGGACGCGAACUGCGCGACUAUGCGCAAAAGGCGCGAGCUGCGCUCGCGGCAUGUCUCCAGCGCCAACUUCGGUUCUAUUAGCUGCGCUUUUAUCGCUUGCGAUGGUGUUUAUGUAUAUUGAGUUUGUGAAAUG